ACCAAACGGAAGCGUUGGGCAGAGCCACACAGCAAAGUGAGGAUGGAAAAGAAGGGAAAAGAGAACGGAGUGGCGGCCAUGGCAGCCUGCUACCAGAGAUUUGAUCCUGCAGCGUAUCUACAGUAUAACUACACUCCUCCGCGGGCUGAUUUUGAAAGAAAAGACAGCAUUGUGCCGUGGAAACUGGCAUGUCUCCAUAGAGCUUUCACUGAAGGAGAUGUGAGUGGCGAGGUGCUGGUGGACAUAGGUUCGGGGCCUACCUUGUACCAGGUGCUGAGCGGCUGUGAGGUUUUCAACAAGGUGCUCCUCACAGACUAUCUGGAGGUAAACAGGCAGGAGCUGAGGCGCUGGCUCCAGGACGAGGAAGGCUGCAACCUGGACUGGACGCCGUACCUGCAGCACGUGUGCAAGCUGGAGGGACGACGCCCUUCAGCAUGGAUGGAGAAAGCUGCCAAGCUACGUGAGGUCAUCACGGACAUCCUCCCAGUCGACGUGCAUCACCCGCAGCCUCUGGCUCCGGACGCCCUUCCUUCAGCAGGGGCCGACUGUCUCGUGUCCUGCUUCUGUCUGGAGAGCGUCAGCCCUGACCUGGCUACUUUCACCAGGGCCUUGGGCCACAUUGGGAGGCUCCUGCGGCCCGGUGGCCACCUCCUGCUCAUUGGAGCCCUGGGAGAGAGUUACUAUUUUGGGGGGCCUGGGGUAAAGAUCCCUGUGGUCCCAUUGAAUGAAGCCGAGGUAUGUGGUAGUUUGAAGGAGAGCGGCUUUACUCUGAUCCGGCUGGAGGUUUACACACUGCCUCAAGACAUGAGGGUCGGGGUCGAUGAUGUGAAUGGGGUGUUUUUUGUAAAGGCAAGAAAGGACUAAAAGAUAAAGUAGGAGAGGAGGUAAUGGAUAGGAUAGGCAAAGGUUAUUAAAGGUGACAGUAAAGAAGUAACUCUACUGAUGAAAAUAUUGUAGAUUAAACCGAGGUAAAUGCAUGAUGUAGCACAGCAAACAAUUAAAUGAAAUGAUAAUGGAAUUAAUUGUAAUGCUAAUAAUACCCACACAUAUUACAGAGUGUUUUUUGGGUGAGAGGUUGCUUUGAUAGAGAUCCUCAUUCAUUUUACAAAUAUCCAACUGUAGGACAAAACAUGAGGAUGAAACAUUCCACUUUAUUCAUCUCUGUUUCAUUGGUCCAGUAAAUUUCUGAGGGUGAAUGAGAUGCGUGACAUUCCCAUUCCUUACCAAAGCAGCUGUUGGUGGUAGAAACGUAAUUGCACAUUGCCUCCUGCUGUUCAAACUCAGCAACUACAGCACCAGAAUGUAAUGCUUCAGUUCAGUUCAGUUCUUAUGGCGUAUCUUAACAUAGCAGUGUUCUAGCUCUUUAUAUACAUUAGGCCUAUAUUUUGAUAUGUUAUAUACUUCUCUUCAGUUAACUGCUACUCAGUUGAGAGGUUGAUGAGUUGCCUGUUGUGUUUUGUAAUAUGUGAUAAUGUGAAUAAAGGAGCAACGUUAAAGCAGA